AUAAAUGCAAAAGAAUUGGUUUAAUUUAUUAAAUUCGAUACAUACUGUAAAAAAUUACUCCAUACUUGAAUGCUAAUUUGUGUACUCAAACAAAGGAGAAGGAAAAUAAAGCAACGGAGUAGAGGAAGAGGGGAAAGGCCAAGUCCUUUUGCGAUUACCUCUGCGAACCCCAAUUCAGAAAAGUGGAAAACUAGUGUUGAAUUAGUCUGUUCCCACUCCCAUCGAUCCUUUCUUCAUAAUUUCAGGUUCCCCUCAUCUCUACGCGAUUCCUUUUGGUAGAAUUCAGUGUAAGAGUCGGCGAACGGAGCUGCAUAAUGGCUCAAUCUGGCAGCGGCGCUGCUGGAAUUGAUAACACUUUCCGAAAGAAAUUCGACCGAGAGGAGUACCUGCAACGCGCUCGGGACCGCGAAGCUAAGGAAGAAGCUCGGAACAAGUUAAAAUCAAGUGGUCCACCGGUGCAAAGGAAACCAUUGCAGCAUAGAGAUUAUGAAGUGGACCUCGAAUCACGCCUGGGGAAGACUCAGGUCGUGACUCCUAUUGCGCCCCUCAGUCAACAGGCUGGAUACUACUGCUCAGUUUGUGAAUGUGUAGUUAAAGAUUCAGCAAACUACUUGGAUCAUAUAAAUGGAAAAAAGCAUCAACGAGCUCUGGGAAUGUCUAUGCGGUCGGAAAGAGCAACCUUGGAGCAGGUCCAGCAACGGUUUGAUGUUCUCAAAAAGAGGAAAGAUACUCCAGGCUUUACAGAGCAAGAUUUUGAUGAACGGAUCCUAAAACAACAACUAGAAGAGGAGGAAAGAAAACAUCAACGUCGAGAGAAAAAGAAAGAGAAGAAGAAAGAGAAGGCAGUAGAGGAGGAACCCGAGAUUGACCCAGACGUUGCAGCUAUGAUGGGAUUUGGAGGUUUUGGAUCAUCGAAGAAGUGAACUGUGACCUGGGUCCCUAAAUCAGAAGUGUGGGGUAAAGCACAUAUAUGAGUCUCCCAGUGAUGCAAGCUAGGUGGAGGCAGUACUCUGUUUCGGGUUGUCUUGUUUCAUCUUCACCUCUGCAAAUCACAUGGUCGAGAUUGUGACCUUAAGAGCUGCUAGUUAUUAAUCAAUGGUGCACGAUGUUAGAGAGCUAUAUAUUGGACAAGAGGUUGAAACAUGAAACCCUUGGAAAAAUAUAGUUUUCCAAGCCUCUGGUACAAACAAAUAAGUCAGCAAUUGUAGCGUAUUGCGUUAGAACUGCAGACACUAUUUUUAUAGCAACUUCAAUAGUGAAAGAGGUUUUUAAUUAGGUUUUGACAA